CUCCCUAAAGGAAGGAACGAAGCAGAGAAAGAGGAGGCUAUCUCUGGGCUGCUCUCCGCUGCAGCGUCUGGCUUUCUCUAAAGCCUCUGUGACUGUGUUUUUCCUGUGCUUGUUUGCCUAAUUUAUUCCUGCCUGGGCCAGCAGAAAGAAAGGCGGAAAAAAGAAAGAAGGAACAAGCUGAAUAGUAAAGAGUGCAACAGUACACUCUGACUCACUGACAGGGAUUGCAGAAAGGUUCUGGCCUCUGGUUGUAACAGCGGGAUGGACAAGCACUGACAAAUCAAGAAAUGGAAAAGGAAGACACGACUUUGUGAAGCUUUUGGAGAGAAGAAGCAACUGUGACUAAGGAGAUUUCUCAGCUCUGCUUUUGUUUUGGUAUAUUUUUCUGUGACAUUUGAUCCUCUGACCCCACAGGCUUUGAAGGAGUUGACGGGACCACAAGGAAACUGACUUUGAUCACAGAAACAAAAGCAGGACGACUUCUUUGGGAAACUUUGCUGCUUAAGAAAUCAUCAAGGUGUUAUUCUAGGAGAGAAAGAAGAGGAUUAUUUUGAUUAUUUGAUGGGGUCCAAAAGUGUUUCUGAGCAAGAAUAGGUAUGUAAAUAUUGAAGUAGUCAUCUCUUCUUACUUCUCAGCUUAAGUAAGAAAAGAAUUUAUAAUUUCCCAAAUUAACUCCAUCUUUUAGCACCGAGUACCAGCUUUCAAAAGCAAAAUAUCUUCCUCUCCUCUUCAUGGCCAUCCACUCUGCUUUUAUAAAAGCCUUGACAAGUCAAGAGUGAGUCUGGACUAGAACUGCCUCAGAUCAGCAGAUAGCACAUGAGCACGACAAGAACUGGUUGGACUAGUUCAUAAGUCGGAGAGAGGGCAGGGCAGUUUAACCCUGCCUGAAGGAGAGUGGGGAGAGUUGUUUUAUUUUCCUCUCGCAUGCCUGUCUACCUAAGAAAAAGUCGUGUGCUGAAAGAAAGGAGAAGAGUGUCUUUUUCAUCUCAAGAGCAACUCUGUUUUGUCCCUCUUCACCAUGCUGAGGGAUAGGUGAGGCUAUUUUUUCUUUACGGGGUAGACGGAGAAAGAAAGUGAGCGGGAGGGAAAAAUAGAGAGGGAGUCAAAGUGUAAUUUAUAGUUUCCUGUGAAAAGAGCAGGGCUGCACCCUUUUCUCCUGCCUGAACUCUGAACCACUCAAUGUGUGUCUAAAGUUUUCUCAGAGCUCAGGAGCCAUUGAUCAGAGGUCAGGGGAAGAAAACAGAGGGGGGGACAAACAAGAACAGAGAGAGUAGCAGGAUUAAAGAAGAGAGGGAAAACAGCAGUGGAAGGACCUCCGGGUCAGCCCAGCCAGACGGCAAAGGGGAGAAAGGUCAACACGGGCGAGUCCGGAACAAAUUUUUCAUCUACGUCUAUAUUUUUUUGGGCUAAAACCUGUCUUUAAUUCAAACCCACCGCCCCAGUCUUUGAGUUUGGAAUCAUUUCCUUAGACUUUGAGGGCAGUGUGAAGCCGGUGGAACGGGGUAGGUCUGUGUAUGAUUCACUUACAGGGCUGUGUUUCUAAGAGAAUAUGGCCAUGGUGAGCGGGGGAUGGGGCAACCCCAAUGGGGACACUAAUGGACUUGGGGAUAAGGCUUACCUGAGGAGGGAGGAGGAGGAUGGGUCACCCCAUGCUGGGAGCAGCGAUGUGGAUGUUGGGGACGAGGACAAGGCCUGCGUGGUUGACUGUGUGGUGUGUGGAGACAAGUCCAGUGGGAAGCACUACGGUGUGUUCACCUGCGAGGGCUGCAAGAGCUUCUUCAAGAGGAGCAUCAGGAGAAACCUCAGCUACUCCUGCAGAUCAAACAGAGAAUGUCAAAUCGACCAGCAUCACCGAAACCAGUGCCAAUACUGUCGUCUAAAGAAGUGUUUCAGAGUUGGGAUGCGCAAAGAAGGUAUCAGACCUUCAUACACAGCAGCUGUCCAGCGAGGUCGCAUCCCUCCAUCUCACUCAGGUAUCAGUCCAAACUCCCUGUCUGGAGGGGUUGGAGGUGCAGGUCCAGGUCACAUUGGAGCAGACUAUUUUAAUGGGCAGCCAGUGUCAGAGCUCAUCUCCCAGCUCCUGCGGGCUGAACCGUACCCCAGCAACCGAUAUGGGGCCCCAUACAGCCAGGCACAGAUGCAAGCAUCUGCUAGCGGAGCCUCUGUUAUGGGCAUCGACAGCAUCUGUGAGCUGGCAGCCCGCCUCCUCUUCAGCACCAUUGAGUGGGCUAGAAACAUCCCAUACUUCCCAGAACUCCCAGUCUCAGAGCAGGUGGCGCUGCUGAGGCUGAGUUGGAGUGAGCUGUUCAUCUUGAAUGCAGCUCAGUCUGCUCUGCCUCUGCACAUGGCUCCUCUGCUGGCAGCAGCUGGCUUUCAUUCAUCGCCCAUGUCUGCUGAACGUGUGGUGUCCUUCAUGGAUCAGGUCAGGGUUUUUCAAGACCAAGUGGAUAAGCUGAACCGGCUGCAGGUGGACUCAGCUGAGUACAGCUGCCUUAAAGCUAUUGCACUCUUUUCCCCAGAUGCAUGUGGUCUGACAGACCCAGCCCAUGUAGAGUCCCUGCAGGAGAAGGCCCAAGUCGCCCUUACUGAGUAUGAGAGGCUGCAGUAUCCCAACCAGCCUCAGCGUUUCGGCCGCUUACUGCUGCGCCUCCCCGCUCUGCGUGCCGUGCCAGCAAAUCUCAUCUCCCAGCUUUUCUUCAUGAGGCUGGUGGGCAAGACGCCCAUUGAGACUCUGAUCCGAGACAUGCAGCUAUCAGGAAGCUCCAUCAGCUGGCCCUAUGCUCCAGGACAGUGAACCCCCACUUGGAUUCAGACUGAUAUCAGAGAGGAAUCAGAGCUAACAAAGAUUUUAUGUAAGAGCAAAAUGAAUGUCAUGAAUACAGACUGUGGUUUCAGGAGGUUAAGAUCCUGUUUGGGGUCACAUUUUCCCACAGUAUCUCUGUGAAGUUUGGUUGAAAUGACACCAAAGCUGCUGUCAGGGAAGCACAGUGUAUGAUUGUCUUUAUAAAUAUGUUUGCAGCACUUGCCAGUUUUACUCUCAUCUCUGUCCGAUCUCUUUGUCUCACUUUGAGAGAACAAGGCUUUCAUUUAAAAUGCAAACUAACAUGAGGCCAUGUCCCUCUUCUACCUCCUCCCAAAUGACCCCUAAUGUGACUCAGUUUGAACCCAGGCUCUGUGUGUUCACCCUGCUUUUUGUCGUCAAAAUGAACACAUAAUAGCAAAGACCACUUUUCCAGGUGAAACUUUACAUGUUCAUAGCUCAGAUAUGUGAAUGUCAUACGUAAGUUGUAUAAUAUUUUGUAUGUCAGGACUUAAUUGUGGGCUGAAUGAACAUAUUUUGUUACCAAACGUAUUUGUGAAGACUGCAGUGUGAUGCACAGUACAGCAUGGGUGAUAAAUUGUGUUUUACUCUAUGAUGUAUAUACAACACAUUUUAUAUGUUCUUCACUAGAUGGAACAUUUGGGGAACUGAAUCAGGAUAUGCUGCCAAAAAUUAAGCUAUCUGGUUUUGUAGUUUAUAAUGUUGUAAUGUUGCAGAGGAUGCCAGCAUGCAGCAAUGAUGCAAGUGUGAUCAAACACACCCUGGUUGUUCAGACAGUCACAUCCCUGUCAAACAUUAUUACCUCAUGUUCUCUACAUUGGAGGAAGAGAUUGUAUAGUGAACUACUCAAGAUAAAAUAUAAAGGGAUCAAGCAAGGCAUCAUUAUCAGAAACCAAACCGAACUUUCUGCUGAAGGCUCAUCCAGACUUUUGUCAAAAUAUGUUUAAAAUCUUUAAAAUGUAAAGUUUCAUGUAAAAUACACACCAGAUGUUUUAGUCAAGCAGAUCUUGCUUUCAUGAUAAAUCUCUGCUGCCUGGAUAUUAUUUCUGAUGCUUUUAUAAGUGUAGAGAAUUUUUAUUUCAUUUUAUUUUUUUGUUUUAUUUCUUUCACAAGUUUAAACCCCUUUGAAAAGCCUAAUAGAGGAAAGUCAUUUUAAGAUUACAAUGUGAUUAUGUAAAGGUACUCUGAUGUUGAGGGGUGAAGUUUAUGGUGUUUCCUGUACUAAGAUAAAAGGUACUCAAAGGUUUCUGAGUGUUAGUGCCAUGACCAGAAGUUCAAUGUAAAACAAGUGUUUGAUUUGCCAAAAUAACUGACUGAAAAAAAACGAAACGGUGAUAAAGAGGUGUUUGAAAUUAAUUUUUGUAUUAUCUUUUAUCGUUGUUUCACGAAAAGAGACAGACAAACAAUGACCCCAAUGCUGUUAAAUAACUUCAUCACUUUGUGCUUGUGUGUUGGAAUUUAAACUUUAGUGAUUUGUCUGUGUAGCCUCUCAUUUAAAGAACUGUGUUACUAUGAUCAUGCCACAACUAAAGAAGAAGAAAAAAAAAACAAAGCAAAAGAAGUGUGUUUGGCUGACUCAUUAU